CUUUAUAAGAAAGAUUGGGACAGUGAUGCGUCCACUUACUACAUUUAUCUUUUGAUUUUACAUCAUCUUAUCAAGGCCCGGCAUGGCAGCUUUGUUUCUCUUCAUCGUCCUCAUCGCGGCAGUACAAGGUCACAAAAAUUACACGGUAACAGAGGAGGCCUGGUUUGAUGUCGAAAUCAAAGACUUCGAUGGCAUCGGCGAGGACUACAGAGGAAGGUUCGUCGUGGCAUUGUUUGGAGACAAAUGUCCGAUGACAACAAUGAACUUCCAAUCAUUAGCUAAAGGAUACAAAAGAGGCUCAAAAACCUUAACAUACAAGCGAUCCCUGAUCCACAGAAUAGUUCCAGAUUUCAUUAUUCAGAUGGGAGACAUCACCGUUGGCGAUGGAACUGGAGGCGAGAGCAUCUACGGACCAACAUUCGUUGACGAGAACUUUGAGCUGAGUCACAAAGCUGCUGGGUAUGUAUCUAUGGCUAACCAUGGCCAAGACACCAACGGCUCCCAGUUCUUCAUUCUUCUGAACAAAGCUAGAUGGCUAGAUGGCAAGCACGUCGUAUUUGGAAAGGUUAUCAAAGGAAUGGAUGUAAUACGAACCAUUGGAGAAACCCCCACAGACAGCAGAACAGCGGUCCCCAAGAAAACGGUAAAAAUCAUCGACUGUGGUAUUGUAGGAAUCGAAAAGAAAUACGAACUAACGGAAGCACAGGCUGAAUCUAGCGAAGACCUGUAGAUCAUAAGUUACCAAAAUUACGCACAUUGUCAUAUACCAUCAAGAAGAAAACAUUGCCAUAAUCAUGUGAUCUCAUGGACGUUAAGUUUUAAAUAAGAGGCUUCAUGAUAUAACCAUUAUCCUCAGAAUCUGUCAGUAUUUCAGUUUGUAUUUUUGUUGAAAUGAGUUGUAUGUGUUUUCUUUAUUUUACACUGUUUGCAUACAAGUUUCUCCCUAGCUCUGUAGAUAGGUCAGUAUUUAAUUCUAUUGGUGAGAAUCCGUGCUGCCGAUAAGGCCUGUAUCAGAGAUGGUGUAUUACAGAGCGUCCACCUGCGGUACUGUACUUACCCAAGCUGGACUGUAGAAAUCUGUAAUGUACAUAUGGCAGUCAAUAGAUCUGUAAUAAAAGUGUCUGAACUGUAGAGAA